AUGUUUUGUGGGGUUACCGCCAUAUUCUCUGUGCCUACUUCGCAGAACGAAACCUAUGUGUCGAAAGGUAUUGGUCUUCCUGAAACAUUGAGCUGGAUUGGUGAGUCUGGGAUCAAGGAAUCCACCGAGAUUGGUAAACCAGAAAAUACUGCUCAAGUUCAUCCGGAGUACCUCACCAGCCAUCUUUUAUCUCUCGCAUAA